UUUGCAAUAUCAUAAAAAAUAUUAUUUUGCUUCAUACAAAACGUUGUGAUAUAUAAAUUUUAUUUUACAACCUCCUCAGCUUCGAUUGGUGUACAUGGGAGCAACAACCGGUUCAAGUCCUUACCCGACCCGAUGGAAUAUGAACAAGAGUCCAUCAUGAGGAACCCCGAGAUCCGUGCUAUUGGAGGUUGUGAAGAUGUGACUGGGGCCACUCAUGGCAAUCACUUGCGGCGCCUAAAUAUCAGGGAGAAAGGAAGCGCUCAUACUCUUGGCAUCAGGGAUAUAAUGGUUGGCAUUGCUGGGGUCCCUAGUGGCAUCAGUGAGUUUGUCAAUGUUUUUCAGUGGGCUAGAUCUGCUAUUUCGCCCGAAUGGGGAGACACUCGAGAGGAAAGGUUUCAAGAUGACAUAUGUCGGAUGCAGAGUGGCUUGGAAUUUCUGCGAUAUACUCUUCCAGCAAUGCAUGACCUCAUUGAUCGAGCAGAGUGGAGAAGCCACAAGGAUUGUGUUGCCAAGCUCCUUCCAUACCUCAAGGAUGCAGUCUAUGAUGCUGAAGACCUUCUUGAUGAUCUUAAAUGGUACAACCAUAAGGUGAUAGUGGAAGGCAAUGAAAGCAAACUAUCUAUUACUGAAUUCUUUCGCAACUUCAGCAAAGUGAAUGAUAUCCAUAAAAGGUUGGUUGAUAUUUCUGAAUCCCUAGAAAAAAUGGGGUUGGGUGAAGUGACACCACGGUUUGACAAAACAGUCAGGCCAGAGACUACCUCAUUCUGCAAUGAAACAAAAAUAUUUGGUCGUGAUGUGCUGCUAAAGAAGAUGAUGAGAUUGCUCAAUGUGCCUACAAAAAGUAGUGUUGGUUCAAAACGCAAGUGGAAACCUAGUGCAGAUGGUGCAUCAACAAGCAACCAAGUUAGUAAUGAAUCAAGAUUACCUGAUCUUCCAGUUUUACCAUUAGUUGGAAUCGGGGGUAUUGGAAAGACCACUUUGGCCCAACAUAUUUGUAGUCAUCCAACAGUGAAGUCUCACUUCAAAACAAUAAUUUGGAUUUGCGUUUCAGAUGAUUUUGAUGUGAAGAGGUUAACUAAAGAGGCUAUUGGAUCCUCUCCAGGUAAAAAUGCAACAACUGACAAUCUAAAUUCUCUUCAGCAUGUUCUUUCUGGUAUACUGAGCAAUGAAAGAUUCUUGAUUGUCCUCGAUGAUAUGUGGGAUGAUGCUCUGAAAGAACAUGGCCUGCGCUGGAAGACCUUCUGUGCACCAUUCAAAAAUGUGCUACAGGGAAGUAUGAUGUUGGUUACCACUAGAUCACAAAAGGUAGCUGAGUUGGUGCACACUAUGGAACCAAUUACAUUGGAAGAAUUAAAGGGUGACGUCUUUUGGGAUUUCUUCAAAGUAUGUGUGUUUGGGUCGGGUAGUUUUGAUGAUUAUCCAGAGUUAGAGCCCAUUGGUAAAGACAUACUCCCUAAGUUGAAGGGCUCUCCUUUAGCCGCUAAAACUCUUGGACGCAUGUUACAGAGUGACCUUCAUAUAUCACACUGGAAUAGUAUACUAGACAGUGAAUUGUGGGCGUUGGACCAAGAGGCAACUGAUAUUGUGCCAGCUCUUCGGUUGAGCUACAUGUAUUUACCGUUCCACUUGAAGAGAUGCUUCUCAUUUUGUGCUGUGUACCCCAAAGAUAAGGAGUUUGAAAAGGACAACUUAGCUGAAAUUUGGGCGGCAGAAGGCUUUGUGAAACGCCAGGGUGUUAUUCCAGUUCAAGAUACUGGAUGUCAAUACUUCAAUGCCCUUCUAAAUCUAUCAUUCUUUCAAAAAGUUCAAGGUAAAUACGUAAUCCAUGACUUGUUGCAUGAUAUGGCACAGAAAGUUUCAGAGGAUGAUUGUUUCAUUGUGAAGAAGAAGGAUGACUUUAGAAGAAUCCCUCCAAAUGUCCGCCAUCUGUCAGUACUAUCUAGCAAUGACAUCGACAAUUCUGACUUGUCGAUCCUUUGCCGGCACAAAAAGCUUCGUACCCUUCUUUGCGACAAGCCUUUAGCAAAUAAAAAAACUACAGCUGGUUUGUUGGAAGAUUGGUGCACUGAACUUCUACAUAUGCGUGUCAUUGUUUUUGCGUCUUUGAGGGAGUUACCAGCUAGCAUUGGCAAACUGAAGCAUCUUCAGUACCUCAAGAUAUCCAGAGCUUGUUCGGUGACAAGUCUUCCUGGAACGAUCUGUAUGCUCCAUAAUUUACAGGUUUUAUGUGUCAAGAAAUGCAAGCUUGAAAGGUUGCCUAGUGGCUUCAGUAUGUUGGUCAACCUAUGGAGAUUUGAAUCGCAGGGAUUUAAAUAUGGCCCAAAUAUGAAAAGAUUCAUAGAAACUUAUGGAGUAGAUUUUGAUGUAGCUGAUGAUAACCAGAGACUGGGGUUUCGGCUCAUAAAGAACAUGAAGCAACUUCGUGGACACUUGGUGAUAAGUAAUAUUCACAAGCUAAGCAAGAAUCAUUCAGCAGAAGCAGAACUAUGGAAUAAGGGAUAUCUUGACAAGCUGACGCUAGAAUGGGGUAGAAGUUCCCUGGUGAGUCAAUCUGGGGAUAAUGAAAAUGGGAUAGAAGUCCUUCGACAUCUACAACCUCCUGCUGGUGUCAAGUUUCUAGUCCUUCAGUAUUACCCAGGUGUUUCCCUUCCGAGCUGGUUUCAGCCACAAAGCCUGUCAGGCUUAACAUCUGCGUCAUUUUCUUGGUGUCGUGGACUCGAGAUACCUACAGUGCCAAUUGACAUCAACAGUGGCAGCAUGGGUUUCUCGUCCCUGACAGAGCUAAUCAUUCGGCAGUGCGACAGUUUAUCAAGUCUCGAACAGCUUCUAGAUCCGACUUCUCUACCAGUCAUCAACAAAAUUGCAAUAAGGAAUUGCGAGAACCUAAUAUCAGUACCCACCGAAAAAUUCAAAGAAUUUCGUUGCAUUGAAAUAUUCAAGGUGGCGGCAUGUGGAAAAAUAAACUCCCAAAGUUUGGCUGCACGUUCUCUCAAGAAGCUCAAGCUAGGCAGCCAGGGUAUGCCCUGGGAAAAUGAUUGCGGGAAUCUCACUGAAGCCAAUAUCCAAUGCUGCUCUCUCACCUACUUUUUCUUGUCAUGCCGGCGUCUCAGAUCCAUCCAACUACAAAUGUGGAAUCUUCCAGCUCUACAAGAACUGCACAUUUCAGGAUGUCAAUCUCUCACAUCUAUUGGACAACCUGGACAGAUCUUCACCAACCUUACUUCCCUAACCAUCAGCGACUGCUCUCAACUGUCAACCAUUGAUGGUCUCCUAGCAGAAGAAUAUCUACCUGCCAUUGAGAGUAUUACAAUUCAAAGCUGUUACAAGUUGUCGACCACGACCAUGCAUGGUAGAAGGUUUAGGAGUUUCUCUUCUCUGAAGAACUUGAAAGUUUCUCAAUGCCCUAUAAUCGAUUGGGGGGGAUUUGAGUUACCAUCGUCCCUCCAAAGUCUCCACUUAGAAGCAUGUGGGGAUAUCUCUUCAUUUAUCCCCAGCGGCCUAGAAAACCUCCAGUCCCUUGUUUCACUAAGAUUACUGGAGUGUAGGUAUAGGAUAUCCAUUUCAGGCCACCUUUGGAGCACUACUCUCUUAUCACUCCAGGAAUUAGAGAUUCGAAAUUGUCCAGAGCUUGUGUCCAUUGGUAGAGCAGAUGACAUUUCAGAAAUACAAAAUGUGUUGAUUCAGGCCUGUAAAAAGUUGAGGGGAAUAAAGCAGCAUGUGAGAAGAGGCAGCUUCUUGAUAUCCAAGAAGUGAGAGCAGCCUGCGAAAACAAGCUCAAAUUCCGUAUGGUGCAUGUCCACGAGGGGUUGAUGAAGGGGGUGAUGCUAGCUAGUGCGGCUAAUGCCUCUCAGCCGCCGUAAUCUUCUUGUGUUUCUUGAUUUGUGUUGUACUGUUAUUAUGUACAAACUUGAUUGGCAGGGCGGAUUGAUUGAUGCGCCAGGUUUUUUGUCCCAUAGUUUAUACUCAAGCAGAGUAUAACUAUUGGGUUUUCCUGGCGGAUGUCAAACUCGCGAACCUUUCCCUGUUUCCGGGUAUUGUUGCCGAGUAUAACCGGUGCUACGUGAUUCUGUUGAAAAUUUAGUCAGAAUAUGCAUGCUAUAUUGUUACUUAUGUCGGAAGUGUUUUAUAUGUUCGGUCUCU